GCGGGGCCCGAGCGCGGCAGGGCAGAGCGGCCGCGGCCCCUACGCUGCUCCCGCCGUGCCGCCGAGACAUGGAGAGCUUCGUGGACUUCACCAACCGCUGCCAGGGGCGCGACCAGCUCUUCCGAGCCACUCAGUACACAUGCAUGUUGCUUAGCUAUUUAAUAGAGAAUAAAGCCGAUAAAAAGAAGCUGGUAAUGAAACUCAAGCAGUUGGAAUCUAGCAUGAGCUCUGGUCGGAAAAUGUUCAGACUGGGCAACAUGGUGCACGCCUUGGUGGCAGCCAGGAGAACUGCGGAGCUGCCAGAGGUGGUUCCUCGCCUGUGCCUCACAGCGUCCCACCUGAGCCGGGCGCUGUACUUCGUGUGCGACGCCGUGCUGUGGCUGAGGAGCAUCGGCCUCCAGCCGCACGUCGACAAGCCCAAGUGGCACACCUGGGCUACCAAGUGCUACUACUGCUCACUCCUGAUGAAUCUGGCCAGGGACUGGUAUGAGAUCUACUGGAGGCUGGAACAAGCCGCACUGGAAGAAAAGACAAAGGAGAAUUUCUUCUGGCAGAAACAAGGUGAGGAGUUAUACGAUGUGAAAAGUGAUGGUUUGCACACUUUUCUCUGCCAACUCUUUCAGAUACUGAAAAGGAAUCCUCCUUUGCUGCUGGACUUGGUGAAGAACCUCUGUGAUCUCUCGGGCCCUUUGGAUACGCUGGGAAUCUACAAGACCAGCCCAGGAGUGAUUGGUUUCUGCGGCCUCCUCUCCUCCCUAGUGGGGAUUCUCACAUUAGCAAGCCCACAUCUGAAGCUGAAACAGUGACAUAAAAGGAACUGCAUAGGAUGAGGCUGCAGCUUUGAUCCUGUGAUAGAUUUUUAUCUUCAUAUGGCACUUUUGAAUGAACGUGUCUUAAAAUUACCUCAAGAUUAAUUUUGUCCUCUGAAUAAGUGCAUUCUGCCCUUUUUCCUUCCCCGUGCCUUUGCAGAUGAGUUUGGUGCCAUGACACACUCCCUGAUGGAGUGGGGAGAAGAAAAACCUGAAUAAUAUUUCACAAACAGAAAGAGGACUUGGAACUUGGCUGCUAGAUAAGAAAAUAUUCCUUUAUUUUAAUACAGGGUUGUGAAAUAGCUGCAUAGCCAACUGUAAUAGGUAUAUGACUCAUGACUACACUAAUCGUGUUUACACUGGAAAGUUUCAAUUCACUUAUCCAAGGUCUCUACAGUCAGAUUGUCUAGAGUGGGCUAAGCAGUUAGAACUGCCUGAAAUCAGGGGAUAGUGUUGUGAUGGGUCUGGGUGGAUGGAUCCUGUAUCCUGCAGGUGCCAAUUGCCCUGUGAUGGUACCCGGAAAUGGUCUCUGUGGUGUGUGCACUGGUGAUGCUGGAGCUGCAGUCUAGUGAGUGCCAACUCCUGUCCCAAGAAAUCUGCACUUUCUUUGUUUCCUUUGAUACUGUGAGCCAAGGACUGUUGGCCAGUGACUCUGUUCCAGCAGGCCACUGCUGAGGGCUCUGGUGCAGGACAGCACAGUAACUCCCAAACCCCUGUUAUUGCAAGCACAACUAUUUUCCAUUCAUGAUAUUGUGAUAAAGAGCUUGUUUUUCUCUUUUAAUUUUACAUGAAAAAAAUACACUAUGAUAAGGAGUUUGGAACGUGCACUAAGGAGAGAAGCCUGGCUCAGAGCUCACUGUGUGGGAAAAACUGCAAGGACGUGUUUCUAGUUGUGUAAGCUCCAGGAGGGAAGAGAAUGGAGCUGGUCAUGAUAACAUCAGAAUCCCGUGUGAGAAGAAAGCUUUUUACUGGAUUUGGGCAUUCAUGGUUUAGACUUUCCUGUGUGGUGCUCCCUAUCCUCCCUCCUCAUGACCACAUGAUUGCGUGUGUGUUCCCUCGCUGGCUGAAUGGGUUCAACCAUUUGGAAAUGCCUCAUGUUUACCCUGCAAAUGUGUUAUUGUUCAUCACUGGCCUCACUGGCAGUGAUGGCUGGCACUGUAACUGGGUUAAAAGAGAAAUGCUGUGUCCAGCUGUCUAGUGUGGCAUGAAGUUUUUGCUGCUCCUGACUUUGCUGAGUACCAGUGUGACACCAUCUGAGACAAAAUUGCACAUUAUAUAGGAGAUAAAUUUAACUUUUUUCUUUGUCAGAGUUAGGCCUGUGUGUUCUGCUGCUUCCUGGUGUAAGAAGUCCUUGUUUAAUCUGUCAAGGAGAUGUGAACAGAUUACUCUAACCUGGACCAUGGUGCUCUCUUAUUAUUUCUGAUGCUGUCUAAAACCAGAAAAUUAAAAGGUGUGGGUCUCCUUUAUUAAAAGGCAAAGGAUGUGGAAUUAAGUAGGCAGGAGAGGCAGUGCUCCGGUUUACCUGAAGUUGUGGUUGGGCUUGGAAUUACUUCCAGUUUGAAUAUGAAGUGAUAGCCUGCCAAUGAAGUGUUUGAAAAGAGAGAGGUUGCUGGGCAGGAUAAUUAAGUGUGUUUGAAGACCAGAUGUGGCCUUCAGCAGCUCUUCUUUUUAAUAUGGAAAUGAGUAGCAUUAAAAGUAGAGCAUACAGGCAAUUCAGGUCAAAAUGGAGCAUUGCAUGUGGGAUAUAUAUUUUAGGCUAUAUUCUAGGUUUCCUCUCCUUUAUGACAAUGGAUUUUUUUUUGUUUCUUUCUCCAUUUGUCUCUCAUCUUCUGGAAAUGUGAAAUCCAUCCCUAUCUUAGUCAGAGCUGAUCAUUAUCCCAGUGUGUAGCAACCCCUGGAAGAAAGGAAGAGGAGCCUUGAUCACUGUGACAGUGGAUGUUUGACCAGCUUUUGUCUACAGAAUUCCAUCUUAUUGCUAAAGCUGUCUUUUCAGUCCCACUCAGUGGAGCUCUCAGAUGCAAAUACUUUCACCGGUUUGCCAACUGCUUUCUCUUUCUCUCUUACACUUUUCAGGGAAAGCCACUGAUACAGUGGUGCAGCCCAGUCUCCACCUCCCUGCAGGCAAACACUGUGCAAAGCCCUGAGCCAGGCUUUGAUGUUCCUCCUGUAGGGCCUGGUGUGGAUUAGCAGGUACAGCCUUAUUGAGGGAAGUGGAGGGUGAGUUCUCAGCCUGUCUCAGCCCUGCCUGUCCAAUUCUCCAUGAUGUAGGCUGGAACACACAGGAGUACCUCUGUUUACUGGAUGUUAUGCACUAAUAUUUGCCUUCCGCUCCCCAGCUGGAGGCUGGUGAUUUAAGCUACCUUAACAUAAUGAAGCCAUAGAAUUGUGAUCAUAUGGAGAAAAUCCUUUUAGUGCCUUUUUUUUGUAUCUGUUUCUAAUACAGCAAUUGGAGUAAGAACAAGAUGUUUGAAAAUAAGCAAUAAACUGUGAUGAAUAUG